AUGGGUUUCUUCCGUCGUCUCUUUGCCAUCGUAGCUAAAGCUCCCAAGGCGGCCUCUUCGAAGGACAAGCCUAGACGUCGACUUGUAAAGGCUGUUCCGGUCAACAAUAUAACCAACAUGGCGCUGGCUGUAUCCUCGAAGAAGGAAGAUACAAGUGAAGAGAGUAUUGUGGUCGCAUCUGGUGGCUCUCUUACGCGUGGAAACACUGUCCAAGAAGGCAGUGUUUCGGCCAAGGGUCAUACCGAAGAGGCGCUUCCCCGGGCCGAGCUCACACAAGAGCUCAGCAGCACCGCCAAGAAGCAGCCAACGGCCUCUGGUUCUGUUCUCGAUGCCAAUUAG